AUGAGUAAUCCUUUUUCAAAAAAAGAAAUAAUAUCCCUGCCACAAAGAAAUCGAAGAAAGGUUAAUAAAAGUUAUAUAAGCGAAGAUGAAAAUGAAGAGGAGGACAAUAAGCAUAUUUUUGAUGGGGGUAAUAAUGCAAGUGACCAUAUGAAUGAACAUAUAGAUGAUCAAAUAAAUGAUUAUAUGGAUGAUCAUAUAAAUGAUUAUAUGGAUGAUCAUAUAAAUGAUUACAUGGAUGAUUAUAUAAGUAAAGAUAUACAUAACAAAUUUUUAAAUAAAACUUAUGAAUAUAAAUACCUUGAUCAUACAGCAGAUAUAAUAUUACAUAGUUCAGGGAAAAAUUUAAGAGAAUGUUUCGAAUCCAUCUGUAUAUGUAUGUUUGAUUAUAUGUGUAAUUUAAAUAGUGUUGAAUUAAAAAUAAGAAGAAAAAUUUCAGUAUCAGGUGCAAAUAUGGAAGAUUUACUUUUUAAUUUUUUGACAGAAUUCCAUUUUUUAUAUGGAAGUGAAUAUUUUAUUUGUAAGCAUAUAGAAAUAAUUUAUUUUAAUAUGAACUUAUUUUUAAUUGAAGCUUAUGGUUAUGGUGAUAUUUUUAAUAUAAACAUACAUGAAAGUGGUACUGAAAUUAAAGCUAUAACUAAACAUGAGUUAAAAAUUAUUUCAAAUAUGGAUGCUUGUGAAAUAUUUGUUUUGGCAGAUAUAUAA